AUGGAAAAUUUUCGAAAAGAAGUCAUUGCUGCUGAAAGUAUUGUUGAUAAAACUUCAUUAAGGGAUCAUUCUUUAUUGGAUUCCGUUGCUUUUAAAUUAAAUUUUAUUUUAUUACAAUCUCUUUCCGGCUACUCCGAAGUAAGAUUUGAAGAAUCAAACAACAGAUUUUAUGUAAUGCGUAAUUCCUAA